AUGACAGUGGAAGUCAACUGCACCUCUGACAAUGCUGUCCUGGUGUCCUGGAACGGCACUUAUGGCACAACUAACAUUUCCCUGAUGGCUGUCGUUGGUGGAAGUCUUCAAACUCUGUGCACAACUCAGCAGGAAAGCUGUAACAUGACAAGUUUAAGCUGUGGGGAAACCUACAGUCUCAGCAUCAACGCCAGCAACGACCAGUGCAGCCUCAGCACACAGACACUGUCUAACUUUACCACACGUCCUUGUCCUCCUCAGAGAGUAGCUGUCAAUCUGCAGUGCAGCUCCCGUACUGCUGUCCUAUCCUGGGAAGAGAGGUCUAAUGUUGAACUGUACACAGCGAGCGCCAUCAAGGCGUCAGGAGGGGAAGAGAAAACGUGUGACUCAGUGACCUCCAGCUGUCAGUUCUCGGGUCUGGACUGUGGAGAGAUGUAUAACUUUACUGUUACAGGCCACAACAGAGGCUGCUGUAGCCAACCCAGCAGUGCUGUGUUCAUCCACACAGAGCCAUGUCCACCUACAAAUGUUUCUGCUGAGGUGCUCUGUGAGUCCGAUGAGGUGAAGAUCUCCUGGCAAGAGGCGAGUGGUGCUGAGAGUUUCUUAGUUACAGUGAGCGGCAGCGAUGGAUUUGUGAAGACUUACAGCACAAACCAAACGCUUCUAAGAGCCUCUUUGCUAUGUGGACAGGACUUUAAUGUCACUGUUCGAGGACAGGGCAGCAUGUGUAAUGGCAUCCCCAGCAGUCCCACCUUCUUCAAAACUGCUCCAUGUAUACCAAGGGGUUUGGCAACUGACGCAGAGUGUGGGUUUGACGUGGGCUCCGUCAGCUGGCAGCCAACUGAUGGAGCUGAAACAUACAUUGCUGUAGCCACUGGCCUCGACGGCCACACUCACCGCUGCAUAAGCAAUACCGCCUCCUGCACCUGGAGCGAUCUGCACUGUGGGGAGGAGUACAGUGUUGUAGUGAGAGCAAAGAGCAACAACUGCACCAGUCUGCCGAGCAACAGCUCAAUCAUCCACAUGGACCCCUGUGCUCCCCAGAAUUUGUCUGCCACUGUGAACUGUGAUAUGAAAGUGGUGUCUCUGAGCUGGGAUGCCAGCAGUGGGGCAAAGAUGUACACGGUUUCCGCUGAGGCGGGAAACAAGUCAGUCAGUCUCAACACUAACAUGACCACAGCCAGCUUCACUGGAUUUACCUGCGGACAAAAAUACAGCAUCAAAAUCACACCUCACAGGCCAUGCAAACCCAUUGGAGUCUCCGCCAGCCAGGACUGUCUUACUAGUAUUGCUGUGGUAACCUGGCAGCCUAGUAAUGGGUCAGAUGUCUACACAGCCACCAUGCAGACUGACACUGGCGUGUCAAAAAUGUGCAUGUCAGCCACUAAUCAGUGCAGCUUCCUUAACCUGAUGUGUGGACAGAACUUCUCUGUCUCCGUCACAGCUUCCAACCAGCAGUGUGACGUCACCUCCGGUCCAGCCACAAGUCUGCAAUCAGUACCUUGUGUUCCCACUGACGUCUCAGUGGUGAUGGAUUGUGCUAACAACACUGCUGUUGUGUCCUGGGCUUCCAGUCAGGGUGCUGUAAAGUACUCAGUCAUGGCCCACAGUGGCCAUGUUAAUAAUGACAGCUGUCAGACCGCUGGCCUUAGCUGUAGCCUCAACAACCUCACCUGUGGCAGCCUCUACACCGUUCACGUUGUAGCUAUGGGUGACAGCUGCUCUAGCGUCCCCAGCUGGCCUCUGAAAUUCAACUCAAUCCCCUGCCCGCCUCAGAACGUGAGCACCCAGGUCGACUGUUCGUCAAACGAUCUGACAGUUUCUUGGGACGCCAUCGGAGAUGCUGACCACUUCUUGGUUUCACUAGCUGCUGAGAAUGGCGAAAGCGAGUUAUGCAACACCACAAACACUGUAUGUUUCAGCAGCAAUGCCACAUGUGGAAAAUCCUUCACAGUCCAGGUGACCUCUGUCAGAGAACACUGCCGCAGCGUGCACAGUCAGACCCAGAGCAUCCAGUCAGCUCCCUGCCAGCCCCAGGGGAUCAUGGGCAGCGUUGACUGUGUGACCAACUCUGCCUGGAUAUCAUGGCUUGAUGCUCCCGGGGCAGACAGCUACACUGUGUCCGGUGUAGCUGUAGGUAGAAAUGACUACAGGGCCAACUGCACCACCUUUACCAACGUGACGUGUGAGAUGAAAGACCUGGCCUGUGGUGUGCUUUACAACUUCAGCGUAUUGGCCAAAAACAGCGAGUGUGAGAGUCAGCCCAGUGCCCCCAUCAGUUUGGAAACAGCCCCCUGCUCCCUCUCUGCUAUCACUGCUGUCCCCCAGUGUCACAACUCCUCCAUCCUUGUUAUGUGGGAUCUCAUGGAGGGAAGCACAGUGUGGCCUUCAGUACACCAUCAGCGUAGCUGCUUCAUCGGACGCCUGCAGCAGUAUGAGAAGUCCUCCCUCCAAAGUUAG